CUUUAGCGGGGUCGGUUUAGGUUUUCUACAGUAGUAAUUUUCGUCAUAGAACUCGUUUAUAAUGUGGAAAAUAUUUAUAAACAACUUGAGCGGUGCCUUCGAGCAACAUUUACAGUAGGGGAAUACAACAGUACAGUGGGAAAUUUCGAUUGAAAACCUACGGCAGAAAAGUAAGAGAUGUUAUACCAGACACGGUCGUAAAUGCGGUUUGUUAGUGAAGGAAAUUUAAAAAACUCUAAGUUUACAAAUGCUAGAGUUCGUGCGUGGCUACAAAUCCCUGAUACUCGAUGUCGUCACAAGCCAUCUGGUGGAUGCUAGCCGUCAUGGCGGUGGCUCUCAUAUCAUGUGUCUCUCCUGCCGCUCUAUCCGUCCAAAACUUCGGAGAAAUGGACGUCGAUUUAGACGUAGAGAGCGAGCGUGCUCAGUUCAACAGCACGUGCAAGUGCGGCAAAAAGUUCACGCGCAUCGUCGGCGGCACCGAAACUCAGGUCAACGCGUAUCCUUGGCAAGCAGCGCUCUUCGACAAGGAUACUAACAGCUUUGUAUGUGGCGGGUCGCUCAUUACCAAUCAGCACAUCCUCACAGCUGCACACUGCUUCGCUCCUGAGGUGAGAACAUAG